AUGAAAGCCGUACAUUUGGGUCUUGCGAUGAGCGCCCUCUCGGGGGUCUCCAUCGCUAGGGAGCUGGAGCCCAACGCCGAUCUAUCAGCUUGGUAUGACAGUGGCGCCGCCCAUCAGGAGAACAUGGACUACAAGAUUGCCCAAUGGGAAGAAGCCGAGGCCGACGGGAAGUUUGACUCCGCUCAAUGGACGGGACGCGUCAAGGACUAUGUUGCUUGCAAGGACGGCAAGGUGGAGCUCGUCAAGGAUGACCCUCUCCAAACCUUCAAAUGCAAGGACAUCGACCUCUACGACUUCCAGCCUCAUGCGGCUUUCGGUAACUCUACCGGCAAAGGCUCAGGUUCUUGGGGUUGGACGGCUCCCAAUGGCAGAGAGUUUUUCGCGAUCGGUCAGCUAGAUGGCACCGCCUUUGCAGAGAUCAACAAGAACGGCAAGCUGCCGAGCAGGUGGCGCGAGAUCAAGACAUACAAGAACUACCUGGUUGUUGGCAGCGAGGCUCCUGGGCACGGUUUCCAGUUCUUUGACUUGCGCAAGCUUCUCGACAUUGACCCCGAGAACCCAGUUAUAUUUUCCAACGAGAAGGACUUGACAGCGCACUGGAUUGAAGCCCUCCCCCUUGGCCGCAGUCAUAAUGUCGUUGUCAACGAGGAGAAGGGCUUUGCCGUUGCUGUCGGUGCCCAGCCUCGUCGUAACCUACCGUGCGACUCUGGUCUGCAGUUCCUCGACCUUGCAGACAUUGCCAACCCCGUCUACCUGGGAUGUGCUGCCGGCGACGGCUACGUGCAUGAUGCUCAAUGCAUUGUCUACCGCGGGCCCGAUGUGAAGUACUGGGGGCGUGAUAUCUGCUACGGAUACAAUGAGGAUACCUUGACCAUCCACGAUGUCACCGAUAAGAACUUCACCAACAUCAUCUCUCGCACCAGUUACGAGGGCGCGACCUAUACCCAUCAAGGCUGGGUGUUCGAACCCAGCUGGCAGGAAUUCCUCGUGCUUGAUGACGAGAUCGACGAGCGGAACAAGGCGGGCCCCGCCGCCGACGGCUUCCCGGUAACGUACUUCUGGGACAUUCGGUCUCUCCAGAAACCAAAGCAGAGCGGCAUCUUCAAGGGCACCGUCCGUAGUGUCGACCACAACCAGUUCAUCCACCGCGGCCUGACGUACCAGAGCAACUACGGCGCCGGCCUCCGCAUUCUGGACGUCUCGUCCGUUCGUUGGGACCCGACGUCCAAGCACGUCAAGGAGAUCGCCUACUUUGACAUCUUUCCCGAGGACGACAACGAGCCUGGCGGCGGUGCCAACAACUACACUGGUACCUGGAGCCACUACCCGUACUUCAAGAGCGGGUACGUCGUCAUCAACACCAUCGAACGCGGCGUUUGGGUUGUGAAGCGAUCGAACCCGUGGUGGUGGCCGCGGUGA